GGCCCUUGAGCUGUGGUUGCAAAAACGGUCCCUAGCGCACUUCAAACUGGUAGCGGAGCUGGUUGCCGGAGAGUUCGCUCCCGACAUCCGAACCCUUCUUCGUGUGGAACUCUGCAAGAAGAAGAUGGAACAGAAGGCCAAAGAGAAGGCCAGAGAAGCAUCCAGUAACCCGGCCAGUCCUGCAAGCAGUGGUCGGAGAAGACGUCAGUCGACGGAAGCGACUAGACGAGAGGAUGCAGAUGAUGGAGAAGAAGUAGCUGCUGAAGUGUCGCCCCAAGCCCCAUCUGGCGAGCACUCGCCUGGCCCAGGUGGCUUUGCUUCACCCCGUAGCCAAGAGGACGACGAUCUGAUGGACGUGUCCCCCUCCGUGGAGCUUGUCACCAAGACAAUCCUGUCCUUCAUUGGACGAAGGAAGAGAUGGUGGAUCCAGUUGAGGGAACUGGAUACCGAAAUGGCCAUUUCAAGUCAGAAGCGAGCCGAGCUCCUCCUAGAGACCUCCGGCCUGAGCAGACAGGAGCAACUCAUGGUCAAGACAGCCUGCCCGAAGCCGAGCUUCGAGGGAUACAGCGAGAUCUUGUUGGAGCACCAUGAAAGGAUCCACUUGAGGGAUUCGAGAAACCUGGCCCCUGCCACGAGGCCCUUUCAAUCGAAAGGAGCAGGAAAGAACAAAGGCAAGGGGUGGUAUCGAUCAGGCUACAUGGUUGGUGACUAUGAAGGCCAUGGAGAUGAAGCAGCUGGAGAUGAGAACAACUAUGCCUGGAACGAGGACUAUGACGAAGGGGCCUAUGUCGGGUACGGUGACGAGCCCAGUACAGAGGACCCAGAUGAUUGUGACUGGGUUUCAGAUGAAGAUCUUGGCAUUGCUUUGACUGCCAUGGCUGCUUGUGACAUGGAUGAGACAUCAACAGAUGGCCUUGAAGAGCUUGGUGAAGCUUGUCAACACCAGUUGCAAGCCUACGACAGGAAGGUCAGACUUGCCAGUCUGAAGAAGAACAGUCGUUGCCUACGCUGUGGAGGCUAUGGACACUGGGCAGGUGACCCAGAGUGCAAGAUGCCGAACAAGAAGCCAGGACCCACUCCUGGACAGACGCCGAACCCCAAGGUCGGCUACAUGGCCCUGAGCGACUCCUCAGGAGAGGAUGAUGGUGGACAACUGCCUUGCAUGGUCAUCGGUGCAGGUAACAGUAAGAAAAGCUGUGGAUACAUGGGCUAUAAGACACCCCAAUCACCUGCCAAGGCCAAGGCACGAAACCCACCGAAGUCACCCCCUGCCACCAGUGAUGGUAGCUUCACUCAGGUGUCAAGCACUGCAUCAGCCUCACGUGUGCCCAGGAUGCCCGUUUUCAGAGCCAAGCGAGAAGACUCCAUGGGAGAUGAUUCAUUGCCCCCUGGAAGUGAUCAUGUUUUCACGUUUGGACAACACAAGGGUUACACGUAUCAUGAAGUGUUGAUGCAAUACCCUGGGUACUAUGUUUGGGGACGCAAUGAACCUGGUACUUCAAAGAUUUUGAAUCAGUUUUUGGACUGGGUUGACAUGUACUAUGAUGUUGAUGAGGGAACCCAUCAGGUCACUGUCAAGGCUGCCCCUGUGGAAGUAGCGCCACGACCUGCUCCAGUGCCAGGAUCAAGACACAAAACUGCCAAAAAGAAGCCCCCAAAUCCACCAAUUGAGAUCCCCGGUCAUGUUUGUCAAAACUUCAUCAAACAAGGAACCAAUGCAUUUGUGGAUCAGAAGACUUGCAGGGAUUGUGGAAAGGUAGUCCAAACCCCAAAGGUUCACACGUACACUCAGGAUCCUGCAACAUGCACCCAUGCGGUCACUGACAAGAGAGGUUCGACCAAGAACACCAGCAGGACGUUUUGUCUGCUGUGUGGAACUCAUGUGGACGAGAUGCCACGUGAUGAGGGAAAGCGCAGAGAAGCCCUGGGAAAGGCUGUCAGUCAGUCGACUGCCCCCAUGGUUGAUCUAGCUGAAGACUUGUUGAAGUAUGAUCGACUGGAAUUGCUUCUGGGUACUGAGGACUCAGUUGCAGUGAUUGCCCAAUUUCAACAUGACUGUGAAGUUGAGUUGGAGCAUGAUCCUUACAUGCGUGCAAGUGUCAUGGUUGACAUCCUUCGCAAUUCCAUUGAGGCCGUGGUGGAAGCUCGAGAAGCAACCUUUGCCAGCUAUGUGGCAUUGACUCCAUUGGAGGACGAGCUGGAAUGCAGUCAGCUCCCGAUUGUCGAUGUUUUGAACGACGAUCAUGUUUGGGGAGUGCUUGAUGAGGGUUGUAACUCUACGGUUUGUGGACAUGAAUGGAUGGAAUCAUGCAGAGCCAAGUUGAAGAAAAUGGGUUUUGAAGUUCCCAUGCAAUCAGAUGAACAAAAGGCUUUCAAAGGUCUUGCAGGCAAUGUGCGAACCAAGGGUCGCUACAGAAUCCCAUUUGUGCUGGAACCUGAAGGUGGUAAGAAGUUGCCAGGUGUUUUGGAAACAUACGUGGUUGGUGAACCUGGUGAUCCAACGCCCCUGUUGCUGUCACAGCAUGCUCAAGCAGCGUUGGGUUUGGUGAAAGACAUGGCAACAUCCACAUGCACACUUGGUAGGAAUGGACCCACCUUGAAGUUGCACAGAACCAAGGAUUCAGGACUUUUGUGUGUUUGCCUGAGCAAGGGAUUGACCAACAUGUCAUUCAAGGAAACACCCACUCAGAUCAGGGAGCUGAAAACCCCUGAGAGCAUGGCGUACGUUGGAUCGACACCCAGGACAAGAGUGCCAGCAGCACAACAGGUGUUCGUGCUGGAGACGCUGGAGUUGGGUGAUCCACAUCAUGACAAGUCACUACGAUCCCACAUCGGUACCCAUCCUGACAUCCUUGCAGGAUUGGUGAGAAACGACUGGUCGAUGCAGGUGAUGCAUGCCCUGAUUCGACGCAUCAAGCGAUCAGUGGAUGAAGGCAAACAGGUUGGAGUGAUUGCCUACUGCCGACGAAACCGACACAGGAGUGUGGCCCUGGGUUGGUUGGUUUCAUGUGCCUUGGAGUACUUGGAGAUCAGUUGCAGUCUGACACAUGCCAAUGCCCAGGUCAGUUGGGGUGAGAUGUCAGGCAACUGUCGAGGCAGAUGUGAUCACUGCCAACACAUCAAUGCAGAUGCAAAGACAGAGGCCGAAGAUCAUGCAGGAAAGCUGUGCGACAUCGCCAGGUGCGAUUUGACUGAGAAAGAUAUGGCUUUGCUGAGUGAUGUCUGUGAGGUGAGGGGUAUUGGAUUGGCACCAGUACCAAAGGCAGCGCCCACAGCACCAGAGCGGAGGGCACCGAGGCCCAGAGCACCUCCUGAGCCUCCAGACGCCUCCUGGAAGACUACCUCCAAGGACACCACCGAGGAGGACAUCACCACCAAGGAGGACAUCGCCACCAAGAAGGUCAAGAUCACCAACGAGAAGGUCAAGGAUCCCAGUGCAGGAAGAGCCACAGAUAAAGGCUUUGAUGCAAAGAUCAGCGAGCUGACGUCUGUGGUAUCGCAGCUUGUGGCUGAACGAGAUCAAGCCAGAUCCUCAGCAGCAGCCUCGUCUUACAGAAGACGCAGUGAUUCGAGGGAUUCAAGACGACGUGGUCGAUCGAGGUCCCCUCGAGAGAGCCGAGGGUAUGGUGAUGCACCAUGGCGUCGGGAAGAAUCCUACCGACGACCGAGGCCAAGAACGCCACCAAGACCCACAAGGAGUCCAACACCUCUUCAACGACGACGACCGCCACCAAGGCAGAUGAGUGUGGAGUCGGUCAUGGCUGGUUGGCCAAGUCAUUUGGACUUGCCUGCACGGGAGGAUGAUGGCACCUCCUGGAAUCAAAGGGUUGAUGCCCACGGACUUUCUGUGGAGCUGUUGGAUGCAAUGUGGUAUGCAGCUGCUGUGGACAGACAGACAGGCUACAAGCAGAAGUGUUUGCGUUGGGCUGGCCCCUAUUUUCCUGGCUCAACAGCUGAGGAGAGAAAGGUGCUCAACGUUGAGCAGAACAACAUGAACUCCAAUGUGAAGAUCACUGUGCUUGGCCUUGACUACAUCGGGCUGUGCUUGCAGGGAAUUGCAGAGGGUGAUCGAGGCAAAUCUCUUCGGAGAAGUUGGGCCUCCCCUGCAAUGCGCAACAACAACUGGAAUGUGACGGUGUACGAUUUCAUAGAUCGUAGCUGGGCAGUGGUCGGCACGUAUCCAGUCGACACAGACCUUGAGUAUGAUCAUGAAUCAACAGGCCGAAUCCUGAUCUACGCGCCCCCAGGAGGAGGAGACACACCACCUCCUGAGGAGCCAAAUGGAUCAGGUGACAAUGGCAAUGACGGCAACGGUGGAAACGGUGAUGAAAACGAGGAGCCUCAUGCCCCUGGUGAAGAUCAGGAGGAAGAGAAGGCCGAUGAGGAAGAGAUCACCGAAGAGAGCACGCACCUUGAAUUUGCAGGUGGUGUGGAGACCAUGGAUACUGGUGAACCCAUGGAUGUGAUUGAAGAGGUCCCCACAGCACAUGCCGCAGUAACUGUUCCCAAAGAAGAAGUGCAUGAGAAUAACCCUGGACAAAUAACCCCUGAACUGAAGGCAUUGGGAGUAGGUGAAGGUGAAGCCCCUGAAAAGGUCACUUUGCCCCAAACGUUUGCUAAGGCCAUGACACCCAUGCAUCCCAGCAAGUUCAUCGAUCUCAACAGCGACGAUGAUGAUCCAAGUGGUGGUACUGGAUCUGACACGGUUGCAACAGCAGUGAAGCUGGAGGUGAAAACAGAGCCUCAGCCGUGUGCGUUGUUGGGAGAUCGCAACGAUGCUUUGUUCAGGCUGGCAGUGGAUUGGAACGGGGGUCAAGUGAGCAUGACUCCAAGAACGUUCCAUGAUGCUUGUGGUAUGCAGUUUCAUGAGUUGUUGAAAGGUCAUUCAGAGAAGCUUUACCUAGAUAGGUACGCACAGACAUGUUUUGUUGGUGAAGCAAGGGAUGAGUUAUCUGGAUCAGAUGACCAGAUGCUGGAUGAUCCCAACAAACCUCUGACUUCGGCAGAGAAAGAACAGCUCAUGUUGGAUCAGCUUGCAAUCCCUGGAGCCCCAUUGGAUGAGGUUCAGAGGAGAGCGCGCUGGAGAGCACUGCCCACACGAACUAGGAUUGCCAUACGCCGUUUGCACAGGCAAUUUGGUAAUCCAACACCUGCUACCUUGAAGAACAUCCUGAAGGCAGGAAGGGCGUCUCCUGAGCUGAUCGAGGCAGCUCGUUUGGUGAGGUGCCAAGCAUGUGAAGACACCACAAAACCCCCAAGAGACCAUCCAGUUGGGAGUCAUUUCAACUUUGAGUUCAACUCUAUGUUGGGUUUUGACGUUUUGGAAAUGAGAGAUCAUAAGGGGAAUAAGUACUCAGUGAUGUCUAUGGUUGACAUUGCAACGGGUUUUCACAUGUGCGAAGUUGUCAAGGAAGGUGGUGGACAGCCUACUUCAGAGCCAUGUGCCAAGGCGCUGAUGACCAAGUGGAUCGCUUGGGCUGGCUGGCCAAAAGCAUGCAUCAUGGAUCGAGGUUUGCACAACAGAGGUGCGGUGACCAAGAUGCUGUCCAGUCAUGGAUGCAACAUUGAGUUUGCUCCCUUGGAAACCCCAGCAGCCAUAGGUAAAGUAGAACGACAUGGGGGAAUCCUGAAAGCAAUGGUCAGAAAGGUAGUUGCAGAUACCGAGACCGCCGGACUUGCAGACUUUGAGAUGCUGCUGCAAGAGUGCACUUCAACGAAGAACCAGAUGCAAAGAACCACUGGCUACAGCGGGAGCCAAUGGGUUCUGGGAAAACAGCCAAGAAUGCCAGGCUCAGUCACAGACAUGUCAGAAAGUGCUGACUUGGGUGUGGUUGAAGCGAAAGCAGAUCCAAACGUGGCGUACCACAAGGUACACGAAGCAAGGAUGAGCGCGCAACGAGCUUUCGUCCAUUUGGACACCAGCAGCAGAGUUGCUCGUGCAUGCUUUGACUCGCAACGCGGCGCCCCAACACAAGGAGUAUGCAGUCGGUCUGCUAAUGAGAGCGAGGCCUUGGCUUUCUCCAUCCUGAAUGGGGAAUCUGUGCUGCCAGACCUUACACAAGAGUUGCACCAACAACCCCUGGAGCACUGCCUGGAGAUACGAUGCUGGCUGAACUGGUGGGUGGAGACCACUGGCGCAUCGGGAAAGAUGUUGCAAUCAGAGUUCACGCAGAACCCAGGUGAGGAGACAGUACAAUCUGGAAAGGUGGCCAAAACAGUGGAUAUCAGGAAGGUCUCGCCUGAGAUCAGUUUCUACUUGCGCAUGGACUCCGAGGUGAAGACUGCUGGCAUGAAGGCGUCUAAAGUGAUGCCUGCGUUGUAUUACCACCAAGAUGAAAAUGGUAACUUGGACGCAAUGCUUUGCACUCACGUGGAUGAUUUGUUGUUCGCCUGCAAGCCAAGUGGCGGGAAGGUUAUCCAAGAAACCCUCGGGAAGUUCUCGGUCGGAAAGACUGAAGAGGGAAGCUUCCGGUACUGUGGACGCAGGUUCACGCAACAUGAUGACUUUACAAUCGAGAUCGAUGCGGAGGAGAAUACACGCGGAAUCAGACCAAUUUCAAUCGACAAGUCCCGUAAGGGAACGGAUGUUGUGACGGAGAAGGAAUUGACAAGCCUCAGAUCCGUGACAGGAUCGUUGGCGUGGGUAGCGCGGUAUUGCCGUGCUGACCUUGCUUACAAGGUGAAUGAGUUGCAGCGACUUUGCAACGCAAAGGCCACAGUGUCAGACCUUAGGCUGGCAAACAAGGCCGUGGAAUUGGCGCAUCUUAACCAAGACACGAAACUGGUGUACAAAUCCAACUGGGUCAAUUGGCAGGACCUGGCUGUGGUGACGUACAGUGAUGCGUCGUUUGCAAAUGAAGAAGGUUUCAAAUCGCAACAAGAUCAAGAUGAAGCAUGUUUGGGUGUCAGACUGCAUGAGUUUGGUGGAACACCUGAACGCAGAG